UUAUUAAAGUAGUGAAAAUCGAACAAUCAAAAAAAUAGAAUUGUUUAUGUCCCAGUUAAACUCCAAAGUGCUCCAAAGUAAUUAACGAACAUGCUAUUACGUACUUCUAAUAUGGUAACUCGGUUGUCUGUAUCACUAGUCAUUACUAACGAAAAUUACCCGUGAAAAUAUGCGGUUGUAAUUAAAUGAUGCAAGGAAUAGUGAAUUGCGCACCAGGAUUCGUAACUUUUAAAAAUUCAUUUGUACUUUUCUUAUUACAACAGAUAUCUACAUAAACCAAUGACGACUCAUAAUCAAUCGAUGCGGAUGUUCUGCAAAAUGUUUAAUUACCUAUUUUUUUGAAAGUUAAUUUAAUUUUACAAACCAAAUUUGUCACCUGAAUGUAAACAAACAAAACAAAAUAAUGCAAGCAACUCCAACGUCUAAAAGAAAUAAAAUGCUAGCAAAUAGGGUGUAGAAAGAAGGGGUUCCCGAAUUAACGCCAGAACUGCCCAGUUAAGUAGUGUCCAAAGUAUAUCGCUAGAGAAUUCACUUAUUUUGCUACUCUCAUCAAUACUUAGCGCAAAAUAGCAGACAAAAAUCGAUUUCGCACAAAUACAUCAGCCCCUAACAUAAACCAAUAAGGCUUUAAACUUUUUGUGAAACUAUUUCCAAUUAUUUAUAGUAAAUAAUUAAACAUUUUAAAAAAAUAGAUUAGAUCACUCCUGAAAACUUCCCCAUCAUGCCCAUGAGGUUCCACCGAAAUGGGACAGGCAGACAAACAGACACACUCACCCACUUUAAUCAAUAUUAAUUCUGAUAAAUAAACGUCUAGUUCGUAAUGGCUAUUGUAUUUUUUUAUCUUACAAUGUAUAAUGUUUCCACAAUUUAGUUGUUGUUCAUUUUUGUUAAAUGAUUGGCGCUUAUUCACGUCCAAAGUCCUGCGUCUUCACGACAAUUACAAUUCAUCACUGUUUUGUCCAUUAGCGUUGCAAAAUAUGUGCGUGAUUAAUUCUUGAACAUUGUUAAUUUAUUUGUUGUCAAAAUAUCGUUCCAUUUUUGUUGCAUCAUGCCGCAAAAUGCUUCUUUGAGUAGCUAUCAUCGCAAACUCAAAUUUCGUUAAUCUUUUAAAUUCAAUUAAUGAAAUAGAAUUCAAUUAUGUUCUUUUUGUUCGUACGUAUGCGAGGCACACGUGGGAUAAACACAAUAGAACUCGUUUCUUCCAUAAGUUUUGGUUUUGAUCGAAAAAGUUAAUGUUAUUUACUAUUUUGCCUUGUGGCUGCCACCGUUCUCCCACUAAUGUUGAUGUGUCUUCUACAUAUACAAACGUUUUCUUAUUGUACAGGUACAUAGAUAACCUUGGGGUAUUAAAACGCUAUACGAUCAGGUAUCAAUACUAAUUAGUAUUUGGUACCGACCUGUUGAGGUAUAACGUGCGUAGAUAAAAUAAAGAACCUGUUUCUGCGCGAAAUAUACAGUAUUUAAUUUACAUACUAUAACGGAGGUCGAAACAGUUCUUUCUCAAUGUCAUAUAAAAUCAAAAAAAUAUUAUUUCCGUUUUUAUUUUAUAUUACGUGCCAUCCCUGUUGUGCUGGUGUGCAAUAUAUAACUAGUGUUACACCGCAACCGUACGGAGUACAAGUUAAGUUACAUCAGUAUUCAAAUUACCCCACUUUCACCCCAUAUUCGAGUAGCCAUGGGGGUAUUAACACGGACUUUUAUAUUCCUCUAAGUGAUAGUGAUCAUCAAAGUGAUGUGAGUAGAAGGGUGUCUUCAAAAAAGAAUGACGAGGAACAAGGGAAUGAUGGAAAACAGCAAAACGAAGAAAGUAAAGAAGAAUCUAAUCAUAUUCACGAUCAGUAUCCAAAUUCUACUGAGAUCCCACUGGAAAUGAUUCAAAAAUUAAAUGAGUAUUCUAACAUUGAAGACGUUCUUGAAAAUUUGGUCGAAAACUACGAAAAAGAACCACCAAGUAUUGCAAGUAGAUUUGGGGAAACAGAUUAUGACGACGAAGAAAGAAGUGCUGCCAUCAAACCAAAACCAGCUACAUGUAAACCACAACUUAAAACAGUUCAAUUAAUUGAGUCUCAUGAUCCAAAUGUGGUUUAUCUUCCUUCAUGUACAAGAAUUGAACAAUGCGACGGCUGCUGUAGACACCCCCUUCUUUCUUGUCAACCAACAGAGACAGAAGUUGUAAACUUUGUGGUUCAUAAGUGUCAAUAUACUGGUGGAGAUAGAUUAAAAUAUGUAAGCAAAGAAAUAGUGGUGAAAGAAAAACAUCUAAAGUGCCACUGUGGCUGUAAAGUUCAACCAAAAGACUGUAAAGGUUUCAGAAAGUUUAAUCCAGCGACUUGUUCUUGCUCUUGUCCAAACAAAGAUGAGAGGCAAAAAUGUUUGAAAGAAUCAGACAAAAAACUGUGGAAUCCCAAAAUUUGUGCAUGUCAGUGUAGGGAUGAAGUACCCUGUUCAACCAAUCAACAAUUUGAUCAUCACAAAUGCCAAUGUGUGCUAAACUUAGAAAGAAGAAAUGUUCAUGGAGGAGAACGUACUUACAAUGAUAAUGUUGAUAGAGCUUUACCAUUGUAUAAUUCACAUACAUCUUUAGUUCCUUACGAAUAGUAUUUAGUCACAAUUAUUAAAGUUAUUUUUUUAAAA